UCGGGGACAGGGACUAGAUGUUCAAGUGGCUGGAAGACCUGACAGAAUGGAAUUCAGAAAAGAUCAGAAAAGCCAUAGCUUUUGUACAGAUUUGAUGUUGGAUCAACAUAGACCCAGUUGCCUUUGAGGGUGGUUGAGGCAGCUUCCGUUUGGUGCCAAAGGGGUUCAGGUAUGUCUUGGUGUAUAUAAUGCACUUGCAUGCAAACCGCAUUGAUCUUCAUGAUGUUCCUGCCACCGCAGCUGAGCAUGCCGACAGCCGAGUGUGUAGCCGAACGACAUGGCAUCAUUGGAGCUCGCCAAGCUUCCAUCGUCCAAGUUCUGGCCAGAAAACGCUGAAGAGGAAGUGCGUGAGAAGACUCACAGUUUCUGCGCUCCAGUGCAGAAUUCAAACAAAGUGAACUUGGUGAACUUGGAGUACCUCCAAAUCCUUCGCUAUUGGGACGACGAUUUUGGGCUUCACCCAGGCAGUCCUUUGUGGCAUGGAGCCAGCAAGAUGAUGAUCAGGAAUGUGCCGGCUAGAUGCGCGCAAGCAGAAAUCGAAGACAUGAUUUCCUCCGUGAUGCCAGAUUUCAAGCUGCAAAUGCCGCGGGCGUCAGAUCGCAAAUGCAAAGGUUAUGCCUUCGUUGAACUUGGUGACCACCUGGGUGACCGACGAAUGAGACGCUUGGCAGCUUUCUUGUGGCAGAGGCCUGUGCCCACGAGACAAAGUUCUCGAACCUUGAAGAUUCAUCCAGCCGAGCUUGAGGUGAUGAAUGUCAACUGUGUACAAUUUCAGUGACACCCGGCGAUCGCUGUAUGACUCGUCAAUUCAUGGGACCGCAGGCGAUGGGACCCGUUUCACUCCUAGCUUGGACCAGCUGCCCAGA